AUGAAGAGGCGCUCGUCAGGGUCGUCCGAAGAAAGCUCUGAUGCUUCUGUCGAGACAUCUUCAGCCGGUUCCGAUGGCCAAAGAACGACCUCGAACGAUUCGCAUGUUGUGGCACAGCAUGCGUCGGAAACCCGCCAGCCCGAGAGGCAGGACAAGGCACAGAGCGCGAGCACCAGGAAUUCCUUUGCCAGGAUACGGCGCCAAAGCAGUAACAUAAAUUGGAAGCCAGCCCACUCAAGGAAUGGUUCGCGGAACGCGCCGGCCGAGAAAGAUACACCUGCCCAAGCGCACACCACGUCCGUCUUGGUCGCGGGCACUCUGGAUAGCGAUAUGGGCGAAGAAGAUGCCAAGCUUAUGGCCAAGAGGAGACCAGAGCGCCGCCUGUGGGCACGAAGUCCCUGGAGCAUGACCCUCAGAACUCUCUUGGCCACAGUUGUGGGGAUAACUCUUCUUAUCAUGAUCAUCAACUCGUCACUUACUCGGCAGCUGGAUCCUAAGGGGUGUCGCAUGUCAUAUAUGAGCCCGCGAUACGUUCAUUUAAGCGAUUUCGACACUGAGCAUACAAGGUUCGCUAGCAAGUACUCGCUAUACCUUUACCGCGAGGCCGGCGUUUGCGACAGCAAUGUGGCCACUGGCAUACCCGUUCUUUUCAUUCCAGGAAACGCGGGUAGUUACAAACAAGUACGACCUAUUGCGGCCGAAACAGCCAGAUAUUUCCAUGACGUGCUUCAACACGACCCAGUCGCCGUUGAUUCUGGGCUUCGAAAUCUUGAUUUCUUCACGGUGGACUUCAAUGAAGAUUUCACCGCAUUUCAUGGUCAAACGAUGCUAGAUCAAGCCGAGUAUUUAAAUGAAGUGAUCAGGUACAUUUUGUCCCUCUACUUGGAUCCGAGGACAGCUGGGGAACGUGACCCCGAUCUGCCAGAUCCAUCCUCGGUAAUUGUGUUGGGACAUUCGAUGGGUGGUAUUGUGGCGCGCACGAUGUUGGUUAUGCCUAACUACCAGUCAAACUCCAUCAAUACCAUUAUCACCAUGUCUGCUCCGCACGCCCGUCCGCCGGUGAGCUUCGAUUCGCAGAUCGUCACUAUAUACGACGAUAUUAACAGCUUCUGGAGACACGCUUAUGCUCAGAAAUGGGCCAAUAACAACCCUCUUUGGCAUGUGACCCUUGUGUCCAUCGCGGGGGGUGGUCUCGACACUGUUGUGCCAUCUGAUUAUGCUAGUGUAGAGUCAAUUGUGCCAGAAACGCACGGCUUCACAGUCUUCACAUCAACCAUUCCUAACGUCUGGACGAGUAUGGAUCAUGCAGCUAUCCUUUGGUGUGACCAAUUCCGCAAGGUUAUUGCUCGUGCACUGUACGACAUUGUCGAUACUGGCAGAGCAUCUCAGACCAAACCACGGGCGGAGCGGAUGAGAGUCUUUAGAAAGUGGUUGCUAACUGGAAUGGAGGACACCGCCGAGAAGACGCUUUCACAAACAGAACCGCAAAUACUUCUUACCCUUGAGGAUGGCUCCGACUCCGUCCUGAGACAAGGUGAACGUCUGACUCUACGUGGUUUUGGUGAAACUGGAAGAGCAAGAGCUCAUCUUUUGCCGAUUCCUCCCUCAGCGUCACCAGACCGCAAGCGUUUCACUCUUCUCACCGAUACCAGACUAGACUAUUCGAGUGAGAACGGCAAGCUUGAAGUUCUCUUCUGCACAAUCUUUCCGUUGCAGCCCGGGGCGUCCAAUGUUCUGUUUUCUAUGAACUUGGAUUUAUCUGGUGACAGCACAGGUUCCACCCGGCUCGCUUGCAAGAACGCUGCUCCAGACCUAAUUGCAGUCCCCAGAUCUACAUCUCACACGAAUCUACCCUUCUAUAGGGAUGGAGAGCAGUCGACGGCACCAUUUUCAUACUUGCAAUAUGAUUUGGAAGAUAUUGCCGAGUAUGAGUUCGUGGCAGUCAUUGAAAAGGCCACUUCAAGAGCUCCCGGCUGGGUUAUUGCUGAGUUCAGCGAGGAGAGACAUUACCGUCUGUCGAGUGACAUCAGCUUACAGCGUCUUGUUUCUCUGGGGCUACAACUUGAGCUCCCAGCGAAUCACCCGAUGGUUACGGAACUGACAAUACCGUCAAUCGAAAGUAGUCUUCUGGCUUACAACUUGAGAGUUGAGAAGGAGUCGUGUGGCAUUCGCGAGCUGUUUGCGCCGCUCAUACGCCAAUACCUAAGCGAGCCUUACGAGUCCAAGUUCUUCGUCAACGCUCGAAAUGUCAAAGUGAGUCUCCAUGGAGUCGCGCCCUACGUGCCACCUCCGAUGAGAGCGAAGAGAUCGCAAGAUGGGCUUAGCUUUCAAUUCUGGACGGAUCCAUCCUGCGAUUCCAGGCUGUCCCUUGAGCUGCAAGUUGAUUUGUUGGGCAGUCUCGGCAAACUAUACAUGCGUUAUCGCACCGUCUUUGCGGCAUUCCCUCUUCUGGUUGUGACCAUGGUACUGCGCAAACAGUUCCGGUUAUACGACAACACGGGCGUGUUUGUACCUUUCAUGGAAAGUCUCGACACCUGUCUUCGUCAGUCGCUACCGCUUCUGCUUUUAUCUUUGACCCUUUUAGGUUUGUCAUUAGGUCGUUCCGAAUCACACGCAGCAGGACUUUGGCUCUGGAGAAAUACUACACACAGCGUGGACUUCUCGCAAAAUGAUCUUCUGGUCGGCACUACAGAUCCGGUUUUCUGGUUCUUGGUACCCAUGGUCGGGAUCGUCUGCAUUGGAGUGUGUGUUAUCUUUCACUAUAUGGCACUUGUACUUACGCAACUGCUGUGUGCCAUUUAUGGCGUGAUGGUGAGAAGUCGGACCUGGGCUCACCAAGAUGAUAAGAGACGUGCUUUGUCGCCCAUGUUCAUGCCUUCUUCACCAAGAAGACGACUUAUCACUACCAGUAUAUUACUGUUCCUGGUUUCGACAUUUAUACCAUAUCAAUUCGCAUAUGUGGUGGCUUGCCUAGUGCAACUGAGCACAGGCGUUCGAGCUCUCCGUUUCCUUCGCGAAUCACCUUGUGUCGGAAACUCGAACUUCUACAACUAUGUUCACUCAAUUUUCUUGCUGAUGCUGUGGGUACUUCCCAUCAACCUGCCUACUUUGGUUGUAUGGGUACGGAAUCUGGCUGUGCAAUGGUUUACGCCCUUCUCAUCACAUCACAACGUAUUGUCGAUCCUCCCUUUCAUCCUACUAGUUGAGACUUUGACAACAGGAAAAAUGGUACCCAGGGUGACAAGUCGUUUGCGACACUUGACAAGUUUCCUCCUUUUCGGAAUCGCCAUAUAUGCAGCUGUUUAUGGUGUAUCACACGCAUAUAUGUUGCACUACAUGGUCAACAUCGUGGCAGCAUGGCUUGUCGCAAUUCAUUCGACAACAGAUUCGUUCUCAGUUGCUGGCAUGAGAUCUUUGUUUGAUGGUGAUCCGUCUGAUGACAGGAAACAAGGCAAGGCGCCCUGA